UCUUCGUGCUUUGUCGUUCCCCUCCGUAGCUAGUUGUUGCUCGUCUGGUCUGAACGAUUAUUGACAAUAAUGGCGACGCGUUGGUUCUGAGUUGACUCCGGGGAACCAUCUCUGGCUGACAAAGGGAACGCCUCGGAUGGAUCUUCGGCACCUUACACAACAAAACGAAGGAUAAGCCAUCUCCUAAAGGACUAUAAUUGCCUCAGCGAUAAGGACUUGCUAGCCAGAAGAGGUUUAUCUUACUAGCAGUGCUUUUGCUAGCAACUCGGCUCGCUAGCUUGCUAAGUUGAAGAGGUGGCAUUCUUGUGUGGAGUGGAUAGAGAUAGUCAGUUUACCUAGUACUGAAAUCUUGUUAAACCAACAAUGAGGCUACUUAAUAAGCUUUUACUGUGAUUAUUUUCUCACUGUUGGAAGCAACAGUGAGGAGGAGGUACCGACUUGCUGUAGCUUGUGAGAAUAGUUUCUAGAAGAGGAUCCAACAGCCUUCUAGGUAGCUGACCUAGCUACUUAGCUAGCAGGCUAGCUUCGUGGAUUGUUCCAGUCUCUUUCCUGUUAGGACUUGCUCCCACUUGCAUCUGGAAAUUGUCCACCGGUGCACCGGUAGCUGGCUAGCACAGUCUGCUAGCUUGCUAACUUACAACAAUUCUUGUGGCAUUGCGAGAUCUUUUCGUAAAUGACCACGGGCAGGAACAACCGAGCCAUGAUGGAAGGAGUUGGAGCGAGAGUGGUCCGUGGACCUGACUGGAAGUGGGGCAAGCAGGAUGGUGGAGAGGGACAUGUUGGCACCGUCAGGAGUUUUGAAAGUCCGGAGGAGGUGGUUGUUGUCUGGGAUAACGGGACAGCGGCUAACUAUCGCUGUUCUGGAGCAUACGAUGUGAGGAUAUUAGACAGUGCUCCUACAGGGAUUAAGCAUGAUGGAACCAUGUGCGACACCUGCCGUCAGCAGCCCAUCAUUGGUAUUCGCUGGAAAUGUGCUGAGUGCACCAAUUACGACCUCUGUACAACAUGUUACCAUGGAGACAAGCAUCACCUAAGACACAGAUUUUACAGGAUCACCACUCCUGGCAGUGAGAGAGUGCUUUUGGAGUCGCGUCGCAAGUCAAAGAAAAUCACAGCUAGAGGGAUCUUCACUGGUGGCCGAGUGGUGAGAGGGGUGGACUGGCAGUGGGAAGAUCAGGAUGGAGGCAACGGCAGGAGAGGAAAGGUGACUGAGAUCCAGGACUGGAGUGCAGCCAGCCCUCACAGUGCAGCCUACGUACUGUGGGACAACGGUGCCAAGAACCUGUAUAGAGUUGGCUUUGAGGGAAUGUCGGACCUGAAGUGUGUCCAGGAUGCCAAAGGAGGCUCGUUUUACAGAGACCACUGUCCUGUUUUGGGUGAGCAAAAUGGAAACAGGAAUCCAGGUGGUCUCCAGAUUGGAGACCUGGUCAACAUAGACCUCGACCUAGAGAUCGUCCAGUCCCUCCAACAUGGUCAUGGUGGGUGGACUGAUGGGAUGUUUGAGACGCUCACCACUACAGGCACAGUGUGUGGCAUCGAUGAGGACCAUGACAUUGUGGUUCAAUACCCCAGCGGAAACAGGUGGACGUUUAAUCCAGCAGUGCUGACAAAGGCCAAUGUAGUACGAAGCGGCGAGGUGGCAGCCGGAGCAGAGGGGGGCAGCUCCCAGUUCCUUGUCGGAGACCUGGUCCAGAUUUGCUAUGACAUCGACCGUAUUAAGCUGCUACAGAGAGGCCAUGGAGAAUGGGCUGAAGCGAUGUUGCCUACCCUAGGCAAGGUGGGUCGUGUGCAGCAAAUCUACUCUGACAGUGAUUUAAAGGUCGAAGUUUGUGGAACCUCUUGGACGUACAAUCCUGCUGCUGUCACCAAGAUUGCUCCCUCUGGCUCUGCUGUCAGUAACGCCUCCGGAGAGCGUUUGUCUCAGUUGCUGAAAAAACUGUUUGAAACACAAGAGUCUGGAGACAUCAAUGAGGAGCUUGUCAAGGCAGCAGCCAACGGAGACCUGGCCAAGGUGGAGGACAUCCUUAAGAGACCUGACGUGGAUGUGAAUGGGCAGUGUGCUGGACAUACCGCCAUGCAGGCAGCCAGUCAGAAUGGUCAUGUGGAUGUGUUAAAGCUGCUGCUUAAACACAAUGUGGACCUCGAGGCUGAGGACAAAGAUGGAGACCGGGCAGUGCACCACGCAGCCUUUGGCGAUGAGGGCUCAGUCAUUGAGGUGCUGCAGAGGGGCGGUGCAGACCUGAACGCAAGAAACAAACGGAGACAGACCCCGUUACACAUAGCUGUCAACAAGGGUCACCUACAGGUCGUCAAAACCCUCCUGGACUUUGGCUGCCACCCCAGCCUCCAGGACUCAGAGGGGGACACACCCCUGCAUGAUGCCAUCAGCAAGAAAAGAGAUGACAUGCUGUCAGUGCUUCUGGAAGCUGGUGCUGACGUCACAAUCACCAAUAAUAACGGCUUUAACGCCUUACAUCACGCCGCCCUACGAGGAAAUCCCAGUGCCAUGCGUGUGCUGCUGUCCAAACUGCCGAGGCCCUGGAUCGUGGACGAGAAGAAGGACGACGGGUACACUGCACUGCACCUGGCUGCUCUUAAUAACCACGUGGAGGUGGCCGAGCUGCUGGUGCACCAGGGUAGCGCCAGCUUAGACAUUCAGAACGUAAACCAGCAGACGGCAUUACAUCUGGCAGUAGAGCGUCAACACACCCAGAUUGUCCGGUUGCUUGUGCGAGCGGAAGCCAAACUUGAUGUUCAGGAUAAAGAUGGGGACACACCGCUUCAUGAAGCACUGCGCCACCACACACUGUCCCAAUUGCGACAACUCCAAGAUAUGCAGGAUGUCAGCAAAGUGGAGCCCUGGGAACCCUCGAAGAACACACUAAUCAUGGGUUUGGGCACCCAGGGGGCAGAAAAGAAGAGCGCAGCAUCCAUCGCCUGCUUCCUCGCUGCUAACGGAGCAGACUUGACCAUUCGUAACAAGAAGGGUCAGUCCCCUCUAGACCUGUGCCCGGACCCCAGCCUCUGCAAAGCUCUGGCCAAAUGCCACAAAGAGAAGAGCAGUGGCCAGGUGGGCACACGCAGCCCGUCUCUGAACAGCAACAUCGAGUCGCUGGAGGAGUGUAUGGUGUGUUCAGACAUGAAGAGAGACACUCUGUUCGGUCCCUGUGGACACAUCGCCACCUGCUCCCUGUGUUCACCUCGUGUCAAGAAGUGUCUCAUCUGCAAGGAUCAGGUCCAGUCCAGAACCAAGAUUGAGGAGUGUGUAGUCUGCUCUGACAAAAAAGCAGCCGUGUUGUUCCAGCCCUGUGGUCACAUGUGCGCUUGUGAGAACUGUGCCAGCCUCAUGAAGAAGUGCGUACAGUGCCGGGCUGUGGUGGAACGCCGCACUCCCUUCGUUCUUUGCUGUGGAGGGAAAGGUAUGGAGGAUGAUGCCGCUGAUGAUGAUGAUGAUGAUGAUGAUGAUGACCUUACAGGGAGCUCUAACAGUAUGGCAGGGGGAUCCCAGGAUCUUCUCCAGCCCAACAAUCUGGCACUAAGUUGGUCUAGUGGAAACAUCCCAGCCCUCCAGAGAGAUAAGGAUAACACUAACGUCAAUGCUGAUGUGCAGAAACUACAACAACAGCUUCAGGACAUCAAGGAGCAGACCAUGUGCCCGGUGUGUCUGGACCGGCUGAAGAACAUGAUCUUUAUGUGCGGCCACGGCACCUGCCAGCUGUGCGGGGACCGAAUGAGCGAGUGCCCCAUCUGCCGCAAGGCCAUCGAGCGCCGCAUCCUCCUCUACUAGAGCUCCCGAGACUCUUCUCCUGUGUAAGCCCAAACAGACCACAUCCAAUUUGCCACAACUACACCAGCUGCUGCUGCUCGACCAUCCUCACAGCACACGAGUCAGGCAGCCAAGGGCGUCUUCAAAUGUCUUAUUCUUCACUGCAAAUGCUCUCUUAAUGGCUGUGAUGGAAUUCUGUUACAAAACAAAGAAAAUAUAUAAAUUGACUUUGAUCCGUUUUUGCUGCUUUCCGUCAUCGCGACAAGCAUGAAAGAUGCUUGCUUCAUGGACCGUUUCUCGUAGUGUCACUCACUCUGCAUCUCUUCUGCACCAUCCUCUUCUCAUCCUCAUAUUUUGUUCCACUUCUGUGGAUUUUAACUGAUAUGUAGAACAUUUUCCUGAGUCUGUGAUGGCUCCUUUAGACAUGGGUAGGUAUAAGAGAGAUAAACUCAGCCAUGGAGCAGCUCUCUGAAGCAGAGCAAAUUCAGAAUUGUAGAGAUGAUGUGGUCAGUCUGUUACUUUUUUUAGUGUAAAGUUGUCAUGUUUCUGGUGCAGGCCCAAUGAUGCCUGCUGCACACAAGUCAUAUGGUAUUUGUAAAUCCUCAUGCAAUUGUAUUGAUUGAUAUCAGAUGCACCUGAUGUAAACACUAAGUUAAACUUUUUCCUGACAGUAUGGCAAGUUUUGUGACAUAUUGUUGUUGCACCACUUAAAGACUGUUCGUUUGUUGCUUCAUGCCUGUAUUUGGCUCGGCUGCGACAUGCUGUGAGCUGACUGUCCUUGCAGUUCCAUUUUGCACUAGCACACGUCCUGAGAUGGAAUCCAAAAAAAGCCAAGUCAGGCAAAAAGCUGUUUCUUUGCUGACCUGGGAGGUUCACUUCAGCUCGGUGAUAAAACAUACCGACUGCUAGGCAGCACACCACACCCAUAUUCUGUUUACCGAGCUGGAACGUCGACAACAGUGUUGCGACACCCCUCAGAGCCGCCAUCAAGGAUUCAAGACAAACACAAACUCGUUCAGCUUCUGUCCAGUGAACAGCCUCUGUUGUAUGCGUCUCCCGCACACUUAAACCACACGAUGCAAACUUCUAUGUAACAAGACUGAUUUUUGUCGAAGCUUAAUGUUACUGUUUCCAAACUUGGUGGUAUUGUCUUGCAAAAAUUGUACAAUUCAAUGAGCGUUGCUAAUUUACCAUUGAUGACUCUGUGCCAUUUGCUUCCAAAAAUCUUUUUGUUAAAUAACUCUUACGGGGAUAAGGUGCUCUUUACCUUGUAUCACUUUUUUUAUUUAAGUGUAUUUCUGUUUUCAAAAUCAAGCUAGAAAGUACAAUCUAUUAGAACACAGAGAUGAAAAUAUAGAAUAAAUUAUUUUGUAUCGCUGCCCAAAAAAAUAGGAUUUAUAGGUAUCACUGCCUUCCUAAUAUGUAGCCUCAAAGUCUCACAUUCUGCUUUCAUAUUAUUUUUAAGAUGUUUGUAAUACUGUACUUCUGUUUGCUUCUUUGUUGUUUUGCAAUAGCUUUCUAGCAAUCAUCAGUAGGAGCUUCUUUCUCUAAAACAGUGUAGGUCUAAUUUGUUCAUUUGUGAAAUGGGGGGAAAAAAGACAUUGUUAAGGUGUCGAGUGUCUUUUCACCUGUGUUUAUUUGGGAGGAAAGCUAAUGAUUUUUUAAGACAGAACUUGCCUUACCUCUUUUACAAGGCAGUGGAGACUCUGCAAAGUGGCCGGCCUGGCUCCGCUACAUGGGAAUUUGCAACCGCAUACAAGCAUUUUUUUUUUCUUCUCCUACAGACUGAAAGAACCUUCUUUUGAGUACAGUUUUAAUUCUUUUCAUUGAUCUUGAUAACACUUUAAGCUAGAAGCACUAAUACGCUUUAUGGUAGUGUUGUCUUGUUAUGGUUGUUCUGAAAAAAUGCCUAUUUUGUACUUUUAUUUUCAAUACAUGUAACUGUCCUGUUCAAAGUGUAUCGGUAGUAUAUUUUCUUUGGCAUGAAUGUUUGACAUAUGCAGUACGACAUGUAUCUUGAAAACUGUUCAGUCUGUAUUGCUAAUAAGUGCUUUUAAAACAACCAUAUAGCAGAAAUAAAGCUCCAAAUGAACCAUGGGA